UCAAGUCGGCUAUAAAAGCAAUCACAAACCCAGCACACAACCCCCUCUUUUUCUCCGACCCGCCUCGGUUUAUCGGAGCUUUGACUCAUCCCAAAGGUAAUGGCUCCUAAACAGCCAAAUACUGGCCUCUUUGUGGGCUUGAAUAAAGGCCAUGUUGUCACCAAGAAAGAAUUGGCUUCACGUCCUUCUGAUCGCAAAGGAAAAACUAGUAAAAGAGUCCACUUUGUGAGGAACUUGAUCAGGGAAGUUGCUGGAUUUGCACCAUAUGAGAAGAGGAUCACUGAGCUUCUUAAAGUUGGAAAGGACAAGCGCGCUCUGAAAGUAGCUAAAAGAAAGCUUGGCACUCACAAGAGGGCAAAGAAGAAGCGUGAAGAAAUGUCUAAUGUUCUUCGCAAGAUGAGGUCUGGUGGAGCUGGAGAAAAGAAGAAGUGAUCUCAUCGCCACGUUCUCGACUAAAUGCCUUACUGUGAAGAGUUGUUUUCGGCCUGUGCAAUACUUCCUAGUCCGAGACUUGGAAGUUUUUUUUAGUUCUGUUUUGAAUGAGUGCGAGAACGCGAAGCACUUUAUGCACAUUUAUUAUGUUUUUUAGAUUUCAAGUGUGGCUUACCCUUUGGUAGGAGGACAUAUUGAUUUUUCAGUAGUGUUGUUUACAUUUAAUAUUUGUGCAAGUGUGGCUCAAUGGUUUUUAUCA